GCUGAAGUGUGUUUGUAGGUGAGCGUUUGGUCACAGCCGCCCACCAGCCCGAACACACAGCAGUGAGAAAGAUCACUGGCCGCCAAUGAAACUGAGAGCAGCUUGAAUUAACAGGUGACUGGUGGUUCUGAAGGUGAGCGAUGGAGCUGAAGGUGUGGGUGGACGGCGUGGUCAGAGUGGUGUGCGGCCUAUCACUGAACACUUCCUGCCAGGACGUCGUCAUAGCUCUCGCACAAGCAAUCGGUCAGACUGGUCGUUACGUUCUUAUCUUGAAGCUACGAGGGACUGAGAGACAGCUUGUUGCUGACGACUGUCCUCUUCAUCAGCUGGCUCAGCUGGGACAGCUGGCUGCAGAGGUCCAUUUCGUUCUGAGGAGGAUCGGCCCCAGCCUCAGCGGUGGUCCAGACACACCCACUCAGGAGAGACGGUUCCCACUCCCCAGACCAUCAGAACCAGAACCCCUCAAACGCAGGGAGCCGCAGAAGGCUCUGACCUUCAAUCUGGGUCCCUCAACAGUUCCCAGGAGGACUAAACCAAGCAGGGCCUGGUCUCCAUCGCCCCGAGCCUCCCCAGAGCCUCGAGCUUCCCCUGUCUCUUUCCUAGACCCUGUCCCCGCUGUGAAGUCACUCCCCUCUUCCUCCUCCAAAGAGGAGGUGUUCAGGCAGAUUCUGCAGAAACAGAGGAGGUUACAAGACCUGGAGAUUCAGCUCCAAGCUCUGGAGAGAGAGUCAGAGGUGUGGGAGCAGAAGAGGUCGUCUUCCACAGCUCCCAGUACGACCGUCCACGCAGAGGAACUGGAGGAACUGGAGCAGCGGCUGAGACAGAACGAGGCUCAGCUGAUGCACAGAGAGCACUGGGAGGAACAGCUGCAGGCAGAGAUGGACAGAGAACAAGAUCUGCAGCGACGUCUACACCAGAUACACACAUCAAUAGAGGAUCACAGCUAUCAGAUGAAGGUGCUCCAAGCCCGUUCUGCACAUCUAGAGCAGGACCUGAAACUCAGAGCCCAGAGACAAAGCUCUCAGACGGACACUUGGCAGCCAGACGAGGUCCUGAAGUACCUGAAACUGGAGCUCGACCACCGCCUGCAGCAGGGACAAGAACUGGACGCAACAUUGUCAGAGACGCAGAGGGAGCUUCAGGCUGCAGAGGACAGGCUACAGGACAGAUCAGACAUGACUGAGGAGUUGAAUAAGGAGCUGAGACAGUGUAAGCUGCAGCAGUUUAUCCAGCAGACCAGCAGUCCACAUGCAGACCAGACCAGGUCCCUGCCCGUCACUGACGUUUACCUCAACAACGCUGGUAUAAUGGACUAGGAGCAGCCGAGUCAGCGUACGUCAUCGGAUCGUUCAGCUGUAGAAGUUCAGAUACUGAGUUUCAAGUUAAAGUCCUGCUGUCGUGUUUUAGUAAAUGUGCACAGAUCUGACAGUGAUUCAGAUCUCAAACAGGUUUUAAAAGUUGUCCCAUAUUUAAUGUGAAGUUAUUCCAACUGUCACAUAGAUACAGAGUAAAAAGUAAAAAGUCCAGUAUUUCCCCCUGAAAUGUGUAAAGUCCUUUAAUGAAAACAAAACUCCAACAAACAUCAGAAAUAAUGAAAGUGACAGAUUUCUGACGCUGGAAUUUUCUCUGUUUCUGCUGCAGGACGACACGGACCAGAAGUAAAAAUGUCCUCUAAAUACUCUAAAGCCCGUCCAGACUCUGUGUGUGUGUGUGUGUGUGUGUGUGAGUGCGUGUGUGUGUGUGUGUGUGUGUGUGUGUGUGUGUGUGUGUGCGUGAGUGCGUGAGUGUGUGUGUGUGUGUGAGUG